ACCUACGGUGUCCAAAUGGCCAGGCAGGGAGCAACAGUAGCCUCAGGCACCACAUCAAGACCAAUAAGAAGAAGACAUGCCCCGGCACCUCUCCAAGACUAUGAAGUGAGCCUUCCUCAAUCCUUGUUGGGUACCCGAAUCUUUAGUGGCAGCACUCCAGAGCUGCAGUUACCAAGUAGAGGGGACAACUCUGCUGCAAGUGGUGACCAGCCAAGGGCAAUGCUCGGGCAUCAAGUCAGACCAGCUUCACGAGGAUUGGUGCACAGUAUGUCCGUUCUCUCUGGUCAGUUGAUUGAGAGCCUUAGCUUCCAUGGUUCUCCUGCCUCUUUAUCUGAGAGAAGCCAGCGCAGCAAUGUGGUGGAAUCCGGCGAGGAGAGUAGUAAUGCUUCAUUCCACCCGGCUAGUUACCAUGAGCUCCCACAAAGCAUCCAGCAGACUCCAGCACCACAGAUCUACAGUAUGGGAGGCAGUGCACCUGUUCAGCUGACCAUGUCGACACACGGACAGGACAGGCUUUCUGCAAACAUGUCUAAAGCCCAACAGCUGAGGGACAGGCUGAAACAACGGCUGACAGCUGCUGAUGAAGAAAUAUUUGAGUUGUUUGAAGGAUUGAUUGCAGACUAUGAAGAAGAAAUUCAUCGUUUAAAAGAAGAGAACAAAGGAUGGAAAGUUCUGGGAGGUGUUUUUAAUCCUCCAGUUUGCUUGUACAAAGCAGACAUGCAGUCGUUGUUGGUGAUUAAAAAAGAAACUCUCCCUGAACACCAGGAAUGGAAUCUGAGUGUUGACCAGGAGGACAUUAAAGAAGAAGAGAAGCUGUGGAUAAGUCAGCAGGGAGAACAGCUUCAGCAGCUGGAGGAGGCAGAUCUCACCAAGUUUGGCUUCACUGCCGUCCCUGUGAAGAGUGAAAAUGAUGAUGAAAAACCAGAGUCAUCACAGCUUCAUCAAAGCCCAAGUGAUGAGAGCACAGAGGCUGAGCCUGUAGCCAGCAGGUCAUCUGUACACAGAACACUGACAGCAGAAGCUGAUGGAGAGGAUGAUGGAGGACCACAACCAGCCAGCAACUCAGGUCCAAGCAGUCAUUUACAACCAGAUACCAGUGGCAGGAGUUCAGACAGUUCUGGAACUCAGACUGACGAUAGAUAUGACUGGAAAAAGACCAGAGGACUUCUGUCAAGUUUUAACUGUCGAAAAAAUAUUAGUAUUGUUAGUUCAAGCAGAUGCAACAUUGCUGAGGCAGAAUUUAUGUAUUCUCAAGCAUCUGGACCCAUGAACAGUUCAGAGCAAUACAAGGGGAUGCAAGCAAGCGUCAAACCAUUGAGCUGUUCUGAUUGGAGUAGAACACAGAAACGGAAGACAAUUCAGACAGGAAAGAAACCAUUUGACUGUUCUGAAUGUGGUCGCAGAUUUGGACAAAAGGGCAACCUGAAAAGACACAUGAUAAUUCACACAGGACACAAACAAUUUGUGUGUUCUGAAUGUGGUCAAAGAUUUGGACAA